AUGGAGUUUGAAGACUGGGAUUCGUUCAUGGAACCUCAGCAUUUUAGCUUUGGUGAAUCAUCCGUCAGGGUUGGAGAAAUUAGUUCUCGUGGUGAAGCAAAAUCUGCUUCCUUUGUGGCGAAUGUUGCUACCGUAGUCCUUUCCUCGGCAGCAAAGGCCGCCAUUCCUGCCGCAGCCGUGUUGUGGGCUUAUCAGAACGUUUCAGACUCUACCAGUCUUUGUCAUUACAAGGGAUGCUGUCACUGCGAAUCGGUUCAGUUUGAAUUUCAAGCACCCCGCCGACUCAAGAUUGAAACGGGUCAAAAGCAAAGUCGCUACAAUGACGUCAUGCAUCGCUUCACGAAAGUCAAGGUUGCUAAUUUUGAAAUAACGAACGGUCAAGAGCAACUGAAUACGUUUCAGGUAGAGGCAGCAGCUACCGUGGCAUCCUCUGCUUCUUCGGCUGUCUCCAUGGGAACAGCUCGAUCGUCUCCUGUUGCUGAUGAUCAAGGGGCCCGUGCCUUUUGCCGUCGCUGCGGGGUUCACAUCCUUCAUGCACCCAGCAAGGAUUCCAAGUUCAUGAAGAUCAAUAUUACUUGCGUUUCGGAUCCUGCUACUGUAUCAUCUGGCACGUCGUCAUCUCAAGCCGUUGCCAAAUCGGCAUUGACAUUUGCGACUCAAACUGCGGAAACGGUCAAGGGUGUUGCCUUUGAAGCCGCUCUUUGGAUGACUCGCAUAGCGAAAGACUUACUUCAGGGUGGUGAUGCGUACAAGUCACAUCCGAUAGUGCAAUCGUUGUUGGGGGUAGGGAAUGCCAUUCUACAAAUCAUUCACCCUUAUGCACUCGGAUCGGAAUAUCACAAAGGUGGUGGUGACGGAAGUGGUAAUCCUGCUGCCGCUACCGCCGACAAACAGUCGUCUCUUCUCAAAGCACAAAGGAGCAGAGCCAUGUCUUCCAUUUCAGACGACUUGUCGUCGGUAGGUUCCUUUUCUGCUGCUGCUGCGGCUAGUAGUCAAGGAACUUCCAGCAGGCAUCAGCUCUUUCAUGCUGCGGCGACUCCCAAGCAGGCCAAUUCUUCUACACCCUCUGUGUCAUCGCACAUUGAUCGCGAUGCUACUAUUAAUCUUUUGCCAAGCCUGCCACAACAAUAA